AUGGAAGAGGAGUUUGAUGGAUUUUUUAACAUCAAUCAACUGCUUAUGGAACAGAAAACAGAUGAGCUGCAUCAAACAAACAUGCAAGAAGAAGCAAACAACACUACUUCACUGUCAGACUCAACCGAGUCAUCAAAUCAGCAACAAACAGAAUCAGCAGAGUCAGAGGACUCAGAGACAGAGGCAGAACCGAAUGGCCAACAACAGGGGGAUGUUGUAGAUGUCAGGAGCAAAAAAUUAGGCACAAUAGGGAAAAAGCCAAAAGAAUACUCAGAUGAAUGGCUUAUGUCUGUGCCUCUGUAUAAGAGAACCACAAACAGAAGUUAUGGUGCAGCUCUGAAUGUAAAUCAUGUACUCAUACACAUGUUAAAGAAAAAGGGAAGACUAAGGGCUAUCACAGCAACCAAUCACCCAGCAUUAUCUGACAAUCAUAAAAUAGCAAGGCUAAAAUGGGUGCUGCAGCAUAUAGAACCUGUUCCAACAGAGGGAGACCCAUCAUGUAUGGAUUUGCAACAUUACAUCCAUAUUAAUGAGAAGUGGUUCUAUCUAAACCUAGAGACAAGAACCUUUUAUCUAACACCUAAUGAAGAGGUACCAUACAGAGCACAACAAUCAAAAAGUUUCAAGUUGAAGGCAAUGUUUAUGGGGAUGAUAGGGAAGCCACUGUAUGCACAGGAUGGGACUCUACUGCACUCAGGGAAGUAUGGGCUUUUCCCUUUUGUGAAGAAACAAAUGGCAAAGAAAAAGAGAAAGAACAGAGAGGCAGGGACUAUGGAAACCAAAGCAAUUCAAAGUGUCAACAGAGAUGCUAUUAGAGAGAUGAUUUUAAACAAAAUCAUUCCUACUAUUCAUGCUGAAUGGCCACAACAACUAAGCAAGAACAUUGUAAUACAGUGGGACAAUGCAAGGCCACAUCAAGUUCCUAAUGAUGAAGAAUUUGUGGCAGCAACAAAAGCUAAUGGUUUCAACAUUCAAUUUUCCUUCCCUAAAAACUUGGAUGAACUUAUUAAGAAGGUGGCAGAGGCAUUUGAGGUUUUUGAUCCUACCCUCAACAGAUACACAUGGAUUACUCUCCAAUCAUGCAUGAUAAAAGUGCUUGAGAAGCAAGGAGGUAAUAACUUUAACCCACCACACAUGUCAAAGGCAAGACAAGCAAGGGAAGGGACUUUGGGAGACAUACUAAAGGUAAGCAGGGAACUCAUUGCUGACACUGUGAACUACCCCAACACCCUUUUUGUUCCUACUACAGGGCCUCAACCAAAGACAGAAGAUAUGGAAGUAGAUGCUGAUUAA